AUGUCUCAACAAACUUUGGAACAAUCGGAAGCUUUGGUUUUUAAUAAUAUGGUUCUUUACCCAAUGAACCCCGAUCUGAAUAAUACGCGCCUUUGGCUUCGCAAUGCUCUAGCAAACGCUUCGUAUGUACAUUCAGACCGAGUGUUUCGGGACGUUGAUGAUACAUUGGCAAUAUUUAGAGCUUUGAUGCUAAAAACCGAGAAAUAUACUAUGAUACUUGGAUAUCUUGAAGUUAAAGAGGUUAUAAGUUCGAACAUUAUUAAAGCCUACGACGAUGGUAAGGUUCAAGUUUUAUUAUGUCUUCACGGAACCAUUCCAAUCACAUAUAGAUCAACGCCAUACAAUAUCCCGGUUGCCUUUUGGAUUCCAACGGAAUAUCCUAUGGUUCCUCCGAUCGCAUUCGUGGUUCCGACACCUAGUAUGUUAGUAAGAAAGUCGCAAUUUGUUGAUGUCAGCGGUCGUUGUUCUCACCAUUACUUGGAUAAUUGGAAAUCAUCACAUAGUGAGGAAUCAAAUCUUAAGACACUUUGCUCGCUUUUACAACACAUAUUUGCUCAAAGUCCACCGCCACUGAAUGGAGGACAAAAUCCAUUGUCAUCACCAGUCCUUCGAGCGUACUCUUCACAAUCCCCAACACCACCCCCUUUACCUCCGCCACCGUAUCAACCUUCCUCAAAUAUUGGCGUAAAUAGGCCAAGGAGUCAUAGUUCCAAUAUUCCGCCUGUUAUGUUAAAUUCACGUUAUGCAUCACAAAAACCAAAUCAUGGACCACCAUUACUACCGUCAAGAGGUUCUUCACAUCCACCAACUUCUGUUGAAUCUCAACUUACUGUACCAAGUAUACUUGAUACACCAGCACCUCCUAUCGUUACACCGCCACCAACAACUCAAAAUCCAGAGUUGGUGCAAUUACAAUCAUCGGUUUAUGAUAAAGUGAAACAGAAAUGUGAAGAAUACGUUGAAAAAUCAUCACCAGAGUUUCAUAGGAUAAUGUCAUUUGGUGAACAUUUGAAUCAGAGUCAAGAAAUUAUUAAGGACGAAAGGAGACAAUUGGUUGAUAAGGAAACAAAAAUAAAAGAAAAGACUGAAUUUUUAAAAGGAAAGAUUGCAGAGGUUGAUAAAUUGAUAGAACAAGCUAAAAAUAUGCCUGAAGUAUCGGUUGAUGAUUUUCUAUGCGGAACCACUAUAGUUUAUAAUCAAUUAUUUGAUUUGGUAGCAGAAGACAAUGCAAUAGAAGAUGCAACUUAUUAUUUAGGCAAAGCAUUGAAUAGUGGUAAAAUAGAUUUGAGUUCAUACAUGAAGAAUAUUCGUAGUCUUGGACGAGAACAAUUUAUGCGUAGGGCGUUGAUUCAAAAGAUUCGAAGACAGGCUGGAUUGAACAAAAGUAAUACACCAUGA